CAGGCAACCGCCUUUAGUUCAGUUGCUGGGAUACGCGUUACCAUGGCGACAGCUCCGCGCCGUGCAGUCGGAGUAUUUAAAGAGCAAGCGCGCACAACGCCGGCGUCAGAAAGCGGCCUUCCGGGAUACCAGUGUCGUCCCUUCGGCCUUCUCCCUCUCCCCCCACCUCCCCUUCCCAUCCCCUUCCCCCUCUUCCGGCCGCCAAGUCCCUCUGGCCUCCCAGGUGAACUCAACUUCCCAGAGCGCUCCGGGUCCUUGGGCUGGUCCGGCUUUAAGCGGUGGGGAGCGGGAUCCCGGGCCCCGGGCGGGCGGGAGGGACGGGACGCGGUGCAGUGUUGUUCUUUCCCCCGCCAAUAUUGCACUCGUCCCGGCCUCCGGCCCUCCCGGCCCCCCGGCCCCUCGCUCACCCCGAGCGGGGCAGCCCCAGCCCUCCUGGCUCUCGAUCCUGACCGAUCUAUUGACUGGAGUGUCGCUGCUGCCAUCACCUAUGCCAGAUUUACUGGGGCCCCGCUCAAGGUGCACAAGAUCAGCAACCCCUGGCGGAGCCCUUCAGGAACGCUGCCCGCCCUCCGGACCAGUCACGGAGAGGUCAUCUCAGUACCACACAAGAUCAUCACCCACCUUCGAAAAGAGAAGUUCAAUGCUGAUUAUGAUCUGUCUGCCCGGCAAGGAGCAGACACCUUAGCCUUCGUGUCGCUGCUGGAGGAGAAGCUGCUCCCAGUGCUGAUCCAUACUUUUUGGAUAGACGCCAAGAACUAUGUGGAAGUGACUCGGAAGUGGUACGCGGAGGCUAUGCCCUUUCCCCUCAACUUCUUCCUGCCCGGCCGCAUGCAGCGGCAGCACAUGGAGCGGCUGCAGCUGCUGUGCGGGGAGCAUAGGCCUGAGCAUGAGGAAGAACUGGAGAAGGAGCUGUACCAAGAGGCCCGGGAAUGCCUGACCCUCCUCUCUCAGCGCCUGGGCUCUCAGAGAUUCUUCUUUGGAGAUGCCCCCGCCUCCCUGGACGCCUUUGUCUUUAGCUACCUGGCCCUGCUGCUGCAGGUCAAGCUGCCCAGUGGGAAACUGCAGGCCCACCUUCGGGGACUGCAUAACCUCUGUGCCUACUGCACCCACAUCCUCAGCCUCUACUUCCCCUGGGAUGGAGCUGAGGUGCCACCUCCACGCCAGACACCAGUGAGCCCGGAGACUGAGGAGGAGCCGUACCGGCGCCGGACCCAGAUCCUGUCCGUGUUGGCGGGGCUGGCAGCCAUGGUGGGCUAUGCCUUGCUCAGUGGCAUUGUCUCUAUCCAGCGGGCAACACCGGCCCGGACCCCAGGCACGGGGGCCCUGGGCAUGGCUGAGGAAGACGAGGAGUGAUUUGUCCUCAUGCUCCCAGGACUGAUUUUUCUACUCUCAUGCAUUCCAGAGGUCCCUGUGUCUCCCUGUUGUUGAUACAGCCAGAAAUGGGGUGUCCCCUGAAAAUAAACCUGCUCACACUCA